UAGAUAGGGACUUACCCUACUGUUGCUGGCUAUAAAAAAAAUUACCAAAAGCUGUUUCAGGGUUUUAGUAAAGAUCAAGAAGGUUGAAGACUGUAAAUUCAGUGUGCCUGUGUGUGUGCUCUACAACUCUGCUAAGCUCUGUAUAUAUGAUGGCACAGAGAGCCCCCCCUGGUAAGAUGGACCUGGGUGGUGGAGGGGGAGGAAGUAAAAGAAAGAAGCAACCUCCUCGUCUCCCCGUUGGCAAGACUCCUGUCACUCCUGUCACCCCUCUCGUUACGACCCCACUCACCACACCCACACCCACACCCACUUCUCAGUCACACAAAGUCAUCCCCGACAUUCCAGCCACUAUCAAACUAGAAGAACUCACAAUUCAAGAAGAGAAAUACUCCUUCAAGGCUGAAGAUUUGGAGGACCAGGGUCACCUUGGAGAUGGGGCCUUUGGUACUGUCACCAAGAUGCUCUACCCUCCCACCCAAACUACCAUGGCUGUCAAGAAAAUCCCGAUGAGAGACCUCCAUGCCACUGAGAAGAGUGGUAUUGUAGAGCUGGCCAUGAUCAUGAAGCACGGGGCGUGUCCUUUCAUCGUUGAGUUCUAUGGCUGCCUCAUCAGAGAUGGAGAUGUGUGGAUCUGUAUGGAGCUACUGGAUGCCAGUAUGGACAAGAUCUCAAAGAGAGUGGACGUCCUCAAACAGAGCAUUCCAGAGGAGAUUAUUGGCAAGAUGACCGUGGCUGUCAUCAAAGCACUCCACUACCUCAAGGAAGAGCUGCUCAUUAUACACAGAGAUGUGAAGCCGUCCAACAUCCUGGUGAGCAGGAAGUGUGAGUUCAAGCUGUGUGACUUUGGUAUCUCUGGGCGACUUGUCGACUCUCUUGCCAAGACUAUGGAAGUGGGCUGUCGUCCCUACAUGGCUCCCGAGAGGAUUGACCCUAAGAAAGCCGAGCACGGGUACACCAUCCAGUCCGACGUGUGGAGCUUUGGGAUCACACUGUUGGAAUUGGCACUGGGCAAGUUCCCCUACAGUAAGUGGGCCACAAUCUUUGAGCAGCUGAAUGCUGUGGUGAACGGACCUCCUCCAAAACUGCCCAGUGAUGGACAAUACUCUGCUGAUCUCCUCGAGUUUUCUGCUGCCUGUUUAAGGAAAGACCACCUCCAGAGGCCCGACUAUAAGCAACUUCAGGAGUUGGAGUUCUUCAAAAAGUACUCCACUGCAAAUGUGGACACACUGACGUGGUACAACUCCAUUAGAGAAUCUUAAUUGAACGAUUAUUAUUUUUCUGGACAGAAAUUUCCAAAAUUUAAUUAGCUCUAACUUGCAUCUGUAUAAUUUAUGCUCACUUGUCUAAGCUGCUCUAUAAGAAGUCCACUUGUGUAUAAUUAUUGUUUCUGUCUUAGGAAAAGUAGCCUUUAAUAUAUAAUAAUUAUUUGCACAUAAAUAUUAUCCCUAAUUCCUGUACGUGUGCCAAAUAAUAUUAACUAUUCACUUGUCA